AUGGCCGAGGCUACUGUUUCCUUUGCCGUGGAAAGGCUAGGUGGCCUGUUAAUCGAAGAGGCACGUUUCUUACAUGGGGUGGGCGACAAAGUUACUGAAAUUCAAGCUGAGCUAAGGAUGAUGCGAUGCUUUCUGAGAGAUGCUGAUGCAAGACAAUAUGAAGAUGAGGUCAUUCGCAAUUGGGUUGCAGAAAUCAGAGAGGCUGCUUAUGAUGCCGAAGACACUGUAGAGACUUUUGCCUUGAAGCUUGCCAGGAGGAGGAGAGGCGGUCUUGAAAACAUCCUCAAGAGGUAUGCUUGCUUCUUAUCAGAAUUUAAAGCACUGCAUGAGGUUGGGACAGCGAUUGAUGCCAUAAAAAGUAGAAUCUCCCAUCUGACUGCAAGUUUACAAAGCUAUAACAUAAGGAGCAUAGCAGAAGGAGAAGGCUCUGGUUUCAGAAAUGAGACCCAACGAUUGCCUAGACAGACUUACUCCCACGAUGUCGAUGAAGAUACGGUUGGGUUGGAGGACAGCAUGGAGAUUUUGCUGGAACAGUUGAUGAAACCAGACGAGAUGCUCGGUUGUUUCCAUAUGCGGCAUGGGGGGUCUGGGAAACAGCUUUAUAGAGUUGGAGAAAUUGUGCAUUGACUAUAUGCCGAGAGAGUUUGUGGACAAACUUCAAGUGAUAAAUGGAAA